GUCAAUGCUCUUGCCGUCUCGCACCCUUUAGCAAGCGCCGAGAGUCUGUUAUUUGCGCACAUACACGAGGUCGAGGAUCACCAUCGUCUUUAUCCAUGCCCACACCAUUUCCUGACCUACUCUCUCACCACCUUCUCCGCCCUCUCGAUCGCAUUCGGUCUUCUUCGUUGUCCCUUGGUGCUCACUGCUCUUGCCCAACUCAUCCGGUCUCUUCUUCUCAUCCAUAUCCUCUUAGCCGCAGAUCGACGAAGCCAAUCACCUCGACCGACGUCGCCGCUUGCUCAAACUCAUAUCACGAUCGACCAAGUCACGACACUCUUUCAACUCUUCACAAGCGCAGUAUCCCCCCGACGACUUUUAUGCAUUGUAAGUCUGCUAUAUCCACACAAAUCCAGGUCUUCUACGCCCAGACUGGCUCAACAGUCAGACAACCCGAUCGCGCUCGCAGUGAACUUCCGAUGGUCCAACCAAACGGGCCGUUAUGGCUCCUCGACGCCAAGCACUUCUUCGACAAUGUCUACUCCAUUCAUCCCCUCUCUCGUCGGUCAGCCACGGCAGGCACCGCGGCCAGUGCCUCGUCAAAUACCACCCUUAGUGGCGCGUCUACAUCCAGCUUGGCCAUUCUCGCCGUCGGCUUGGGAGCCUUGAUAGUUGCGCUUGGCCUGGGAGGCUACGUUCUCAUUCAGUACCGCAAGCGAAGAUUAGCACGUGGCACUACCAAGAGCAAGUUGAAUGUUAGCGCGCCGACACUAAAGUUUGCGCCUCGUCAUGCCGUAGCCAACGGCGUGGAUCUCAAGGACAUCUCAGAGAACCAGCGAAGGGUGAUUGGAACGCGUGGGGUCAGACCGAUGGCUGUUGUAGAGCCACUUGGUCCCUCGGUGCAUGGGCCAGACAGCAGUCGGUGGGAUUUGGGAGGAUACUCUACCAGUACCAGCUCCGGCGGCAGCUCGGGUCCUAUGCCGGCCAGCUCGUCCGCAGGGACACGCCGACGCUCACACAGCGCACCGCGCCGUAGAGACACGGAGAGCCCUCCGCCCGCUCUGCCCGAGCUGCCUAUCGCCAUUGUCAAGAAUCAGAUGGGAGAGGUGCCCGCACAUAUGCGGACAGCACGAGUCAACAGGGUCGCCAUUCCUAGCACGCUCAUACGUUCGCUGGGCGACCUGCCCACGCUACCUCGCCCUGCACUGGACAUCUCUUCCGACGCCGAAUUUGACCGUGAACCUGGCGCGCAGGCACUCGGGGAGCAGAAUCGAGCCGACGAGGGCAGCUACACUCCAGUCUUGGCCCUUGCGGCGGAUCUCGAGAAGCGCGAGAGCCCGGAAGGCGGCAUCGCAAAGGGUGGUAUCAAGCUGGACCUCGAAGAUGAGCUGGACUUUGAGAUCGAACGGUCAAUGUGGCUUGCGACCACGCUGCAGAAUGCAUUCUCUGGUCGCAACACCCGCUCGUCUCCAGACAUGGAAGCUGCGAGACAGCCGUCCCGCACAUCUGUAGCAGCGUCCAGCGCCCUGUCUCGCAGCCGCACAUCCGUCAUUUUCCAACAGAUCACCGGGCACUUUGAUUCAAGCAAGCCGCCUGUCAUGUCAAUGACCAGCCUCGCGCCAUCUAGAGAUGCUCUCCCACCGAUGCCAAGCCGUUCAGACAUGAGUCUGACACCAAUGGCAGAAGCACCAUUCAGGCCCUCGAUCGACUCGCGCACGUCUCGCGGUGGAACCACGUCUACGGGAAGCAGUGUCUACAUGUCCGCGGGCGAAUCUAACAGAACUUUCCGUCACGACUCCAACCCGGAAGCUCUUCCGCCUCUCCCUUCGCUCUCCACAUCCCAAUUUGGCGUCCGUGGUCCGCACCAGGGCAAUUAUGCUCGAUCUGCUGCAGGACAAGGUGUGUCUGCUAUCGGCCUGCCCAUGACAAAGCUGCCAUCCUUGACCUCGAAUGGUAGCUCUAGCGUGGCGCACGUGCCUGGAGCCUUCCGACCAUUAAGUCUCGGCCUUGGCAAGAGCAGCAGCAGCAAGUCAAGCCUCUCCCUAGGCGCUGCCAUCUUUUCAGAAGCUCGAUCAUCUGUCUGGCACGGCUCAAAUGCGAGCGGCAGCGAGGGAAGUCUCGUCGAUGCGAGCCUGACGGUGGUACCCACCAUGGGUGGUGUAGCGACAAUCGCGCGAUCCGAAUCUGACAACUCUGCUACGCUUUCCAGCGUCGAGACCAGACCGAGCGAAGACAUCAGCGGAAGCACCACCGCGCAUGCAAAUACGUUCUACAGCACUCCCCCGAGCUCGACGCACUCAGCAAGCUCGGAUUCCGAUGAGGAGAACGAUCUGAACGGUGCAGUCGUAACACAAGCGGCCAAGAGCGUUGCCAUCUCCAAGAUCGCACCGUCCGGAGGUCCUCGACGUGUACCUGUACCUGCAGCUGACCCUCGGAAACCUUUGCCGCUGAUUUGCGAAGACCCGGAGCCUGUCAAUUUAUCUGCGAAGAGGCCAUCAGCGAUCAUCAUCUCCAACAGCGACGAUGCUCGAUCGAGCUUGGAUACACGCAGUAGAACCAGUAUCAGCGCCCCGCAACCCAGCGCUCUGCCGAACAUGGUACCCUUCAUGACGCCGUAUCAUCGGGCAUUCUUCCCCGACGAGCCCACGGAAGCAUCCGCUGCUUCGUCGAGCUCAGUCGACGUCAAUGCUCUGAAAGUUCACCAUUCUGGCGAGGCAAGUGCUUCUCGUUCUAGCUUUAGCAGCUCCAUCUCGCCCCCUGCUAGUCCGCUCUUGGCUCAGCUUGGAAAUGAAGGCUUCCUACCAACGAGUCCAGCCAAUGAAAAGCAAUCCUUUGGCAGUUCCUUGGUUGCGCGUCUCAAGCGAGGCCGAGCACCUUCCAGUUGCCCACCUCCUCAACCUCGUGAGAGCAUCAAUGUCGCUCCAAGCAUCAGCAAGGUGAUGGAGCAGCAAGCAAGAGCGCAGGAGGAAGCAAGGCUAAGCAGCGCCGUGGUCUGCACUCCGAAACUCUCGCCCAAGCCCGACUUCUCACCAGCAAAUAGCAGCCCCUACACUCGCGAAGAGUGGGCUGUAUCGACGAGCGACUCCCCGGAUGCUCGAGCAGCCGCGGUCUCCUUCAUGCUCCGUCCCUCCAUCGAAAGUCUGAAUCGGACGAGAGCUCAGCAGAGAUCCAGCUUUUCACGCCACGACGCGAACGUGCUCGAACGGGCGGGCUUGGGCAUUGAUGAGCUUGCAGUAUCCAGGUCCAGUGUCCACUCCGGGCGCACCUCUAGCACGUCCCGGGCCAGGCCAGAAAGCGAAGUCAUUUCAACGGCGUCGCCCAUCAUGCAGCCGGCUAAGUGGGAGGCAGAGCAGGGAAUUACUGGCAUUCAAAGACCACUUCCAGCGAUCUCUCCGUCGGAGCUGAGUGUUAGUUUAGCUGCAGAGCAUCCUAGUACGGGCCGCAUGAGCCCCCUGGCUACCUUUCAAUCACGCUUCUCGGACUCGCUCUCGCGCCGUCCCAGUCUUGUCGCCGCUACGCCGGUCUCGGCCACUUCACCAAACAUGUCAUCGUCAGCGCUCUCGCCACGCACUGCGACCAACGGCGCGACAUGGAGCUCCAGUCCUCAGCAGAAUACGACAUCGCGACAGAGCGCCCUUCUCGCGAGCCCUCGUUCCGAUUAUAAUGCAGACACCAUAUCCAUCACCAGCUCUUGUGUGACAGGUGGAACGGACGCUAUUGGAGAGGCGCUCGAAGAUGCACAGCAUCACCGUGCACGUCUUUUGCAACGGGUGCAGCAGAAUGCUGCGCUGGAUCGCAAGAAUGCCUCCACCAGCUUGGCACUCCGCAAUGUUGCCACGUCGAUGCCCCCGUCUCAAUCGUCGUUGUCAUCUCGUAAACCAUAUCAUCUCAGUGUCGCAGUGUCGAGCAGCGCUUUGCCUACCAACACCCUGGUCGCGCCCUUGACACCACCACUCACACCACAAGACCCGCUGACUACGAGCACGUCGGCAUCGACGAUGAAGCCUUCAGGACCGCCACCAGUGCCGUCUCUUCCCGAGCCUGCGCAUCUGCACGGAUCACGCGCAAGCAACAGCCCCGCGACAGACUGGUCAAGCGCCAGUGGAGGUGGGACAAAGAGCAGCAAACUGCGCCCAUUGAGCCUGAUGGCCACAGCCUCGGUGUUGGACGCGACCUCCUUUAGCAAUUUCGGCAUGCCCGCAUCGUUCCCGGCAGGCGUUACCUCUGCAUCUUCCUCUAGCGGCUCCCUGUCUUCUCAGAUCACCUCGAUGCCCGUAGCCAAGCGCACCGGAAGUCGAGGUGGUGUGCUUCCCGUUGCAACCGACGCCGCUUCCCCUAGCUUCUUCUCCAACAGGUCCGAAUCUUCGCCCAGGCCUCCUUCCACAUUCUUCCCUCGCGAUGAUCCGAACGGCCCGCCAGCGUUUGCUAGCCCCACCCCAUCGAGCACGAUCGGAGCUCGCUCUCCAAAUUCUUCUGUCCCCCCCGUCCGAAGCUUUCCGGAUAGCAUACAAAGCGUCACUGCUUGAUGCUACUCGACUCUAGUUUGUAGCCCAGUAUAUCGAUGAACCGCACGAAGUACGACUGAUCUCGGACCAGACGCAUUAUCCAUAUCACCUUACCAUCCUUACUGUACUGCCAUGUUGCGCCUUACCUGCCCACGACCGAAUAUAUGUGCUAGUGAAUCACCACGAC